AUGUCACGCAUCGGUAUUAACGGUUUCGGACGUAUUGGCCGCCUAGUGCUGCGCGCCGCUAUCGACGAUUGCGCCUUCGUAGUGGCUAUCAACGAUCCCUUCAUAAAUCCCCACUACAUGGCCUAUCUCUUCAAGUACGACUCGACGCACGGCCGCUUCCCGGGCGAGGUGUCCGCCGAAGAGGAUUUCCUCAUCAUCAAUGGUACCAAAAUACGCGUCUUCAUGCAAAUGGAUCCGUCCACGAUCAAUUGGGCCAUCGCCGGUGCUGAGUAUAUUGUGGAGUCAACUGGCGUGUUCUUAACCAUGGAGAAAGCAUCGGCUCACUUCAUAGGCGGCGCACGCAAAGUCAUCAUCAGCGCACCCUCACCAGAUGCGCCAAUGCUGGUUGUGGGUGUGAAUCUGGACAUGUAUAACCGUGAUAUGCGCAUCGUUUCGAACGCUUCCUGCACGACCAAUUGCCUAGCUCCGCUAGCCAAAGUCAUACACGAGAAUUUCGAGAUCGUCGAGGGUCUGAUGACCACCGUACAUGCGUUCACAGCCACACAGAAGGUGGUGGAUGGUCCAAGUGGCAAGCUUUGGCGCGAUGGGCGCGGCGCUGCUCAAAAUAUUAUACCCGCUUCAACGGGCGCAGCCAAGGCGGUUGGCAAAGUUAUACCUGCCUUGAAUGGCAAGCUGACGGGCAUGGCGUUUCGUGUGCCAGUGGCGGAUGUAUCAGUGGUGGACUUGACGGUGCGCCUCAACAAACCGGCGCCCUACGACGCUAUCAAAAGGAAGGUAAUGGAAGCGGCCAACGGGUCGUUGAAGGGCAUACUCAGCUACACGGAUGAGGAGGUUGUCUCCACGGAUUUUCUGCACGACACGCAUUCGUGCACAUUCGAUGCGAAGGCGGGAAUAUCGCUGAAUGAUAAAUUCGUGAAACUGGUCGCCUGGUACGACAAUGAAUGUGGCUAUUCACGCCGCAUCAUUGAUCUCAUUCGGUUUAUGCAGAAGAAGGACUAA